AUGUCUUGGACAGAACCAAUUACGGAGAACAAUUCCUCUCUGCCGGGUGGUAAUGAACUGGGUGCGGUCGCCGGUACCACCCAUGGUGGGUUUGGUGGUUUUGAUGUCAGCUCCUGGGAGGUGUGGCUUAACGGUGACGGUGAGGUCAAUUGGGAUAUAGUUCACAUGUUUGGUUAUAAAGCCAUUAAUGAGAUGAGUCAGAUUGACAGGGAUCUGACAAAGUCUUUCUAUAACAUGUCGGAUACCAAGCUAUGGUCCUACUAUGACGGAUGCUCUGAAGGGGGCCCCAGGUUCAAAUUCCCUGAUCUCGACGGUGCUGUCAUUGGAGCGCCUGGAAUGCACUUCUCCUUCCAGCAGAUUCAGCACCUUUGGUCGCAAUUUGUUGAGUAUCAACUGAACUACUACCCACCAUACUGCGAGCUUGAGAAGAUUGUCAAUCUUACUACGGAGGCCUGUGAUCCUCUUGAUGGUCGUGUUGAUGGUGUCGUGUCCCGCACUGAUCUUUGUAAGCUUCACUUCAACUUGAACUCGACCAUUGGUGAGUCCUACAGUUGUUCUGAAACUGCUGAAAUCCCCAACUUCAUGCCUUACAUUCCGGCUCAAAACGGAACGGUAACCAAGGAGGGUGUGGCUGUCGCCAAGGAGAUCCUCAAUGGUGCACAAGACAACUUGGGCCGCCGUAUUUACAUGUCUUAUCAACCUACUGCUCAAUUCCAAGACGCAGUCGUUAAGCAAUCCGCCCAAUGGGUCGGGGUCGGACUAAACCUUCUGACCAAUGUCUCCGCCCUCUCCAGCUUCGAGGGUGUCACCCGUGACACAUUCCGUGAUUGGAUCGCAACUGGUUUCCAGAGGUACUAUGAUUCUCUCGAGACCGCAUGGCCAGAUCUUUCCGUCUGGCAGAAGGCUGGAGGCAAGGUCCUUCACUAUCACGGUGAGUCGGACCCUCAGGUUCCGACUGCUGGUUCUGUCCGCUACUUCGAGUCCGCCAGAAGUAUUAUGUACCCUCAUCUCUCCUACAACCAGAGUGUAGCUGAGCUGAAUAAUUGGUACCGUCUGUUCCUUGUUCCCGGAGGCGCCCACUGUGGUGCUAAUACUCUCCAACCCAAUGCUCCCUGGCCGGAGACCACUUUGGCGACUCUUAUUGAUUGGGUGGAGAAUGGUAUCGAACCCAAGACUUUGAAUGGUACUAUCCAGUCCACGGGAGAGCAACAGCAAAUCUGUGGCUGGCCCCUUCGUCCCUACUUCAAAAACAAUGCCACCAAUCCCGAGUGUGUUUAUGAUCAGAAAUCCCUCGAUACGUGGAAGUACAAUCUGAAUGCUUUCAAGAUGCCAAUUUUUUGA